CACUCAACUCUACUAUCACAACACUCACAAAUCUCAACAACCGACAGCAGAAAAUGGCUCCCGUCCCCUCCCCCGAAGUCCGCGCCAACAUCGCCGCAAAGAUCGACGCCCUCAUCCUGGCCGUCGAGAAGAACCCCGAUUUCAAACGCACCUCGUCCAGCGGCGGGCUGUACCACGUGUGGGAUUUCGCCCACCGCACGCAGUACAUGCUCUUUGAGGUGGAUGGUAUUCGUCAAGAGGGGUAUGAGUUUAAGCAUGCUGGGCAAAUCAAAAUCACCAAGCGAGGCGAAGAAGCGGCAGAGGAGCUGUAUACCGAUACCUUCACUCGCUCCGUCACGCUGGACCAGCUUAUUAGCGGUCCACCCUUGAUGCGAAAUAUGAUGGGCAUGAGUGGAGAGAUUACGCCCGAGAUUCAGGCUGCGUCCAAGGCGGUUAUUGACGCCUUCCCGGGGUUUUGAGAGAAGUGAGCACGUUGUUGGGAAAUGAAGAUGGUUAUACAGAGCAGAGGAUCAAUGAGACGCCGGGACGUGAUUCAAAGAGUCUCAUACUCUGCUCUUUUUUGGACCAAAAGACUGAAGAUUGAGUCUUAGUUUAGAUGAGAUAGUGAUGUAGAUACCAUAUUGUAGGCGAGUUAUACCAUAGCUGCCGAUUUUGCUGGACAGCACAUACAAUGCGAAUCCAAUUCACAGUUCCCCUUGAACU